UGUUGUUAACAGUGGAAACUGAGAGCCCUGCCUGCACCAGCCCCCAGGGCAGUAGGGGGCUCCCCUUGGAGGGGCCACCAGGGCCCAAUGCUUCGCAGAGGGGUAGGGGCAGCCCGAUCUGGCAUAUCCUCCUGCUCAUAAUGAGAAUAGUUCUGCUCCAAUUAGCCAAGGUGAACCUCAUGGACAUCACCAAAAUCUUCUCCCUCCUGCAGCCCGAUAAGGAGGAGGAGGACACCGACACGGGGGAGAAGCAGGCUCUCAAUCAAGCAGUGUACAACAACGACUCUUAUACCUUGGACCAGCUUUUGCGCCAGGAGCGUUAUAAACGAUUCAUCAACAGUAGAAGUGGCUGGGGCGUCCCUGGGACACCCUUGCGCUUGGCUGCUUCUUAUGGCCACCUUAGCUGCUUGCAGGUCCUCCUGGCACAUGGUGCUGAUGUUGACAGCUUGGACGUCAAGGCACAGACACCACUUUUUACCGCCGUCAGUCAUGGCCAUCUGGACUGUGUGCGUGUGCUUUUGGAAGCUGGUGCUUGUCCUGGUGGUAGCAUCUACAACAACUGCUCCCCUGUGCUCACAGCUGCCCGUGAUGGUGCUGUUGCCAUCCUGCAGGAGCUCCUGGGUCAUGGUGCAGAGGCCAACGUCAAGGCAAAACUACCAGUCUGGGCAUCAAACAUAGCUUCAUGUUCUGGCCCCCUCUAUUUGGCUGCAGUCUACGGUCACCUUGAUUGUUUCCGCCUGCUUUUGCUCCAUGGGGCAGACCCUGAUUACAACUGUACUGACCAGCACCUACUGACUCGAGUCCCAAGGCCCUGCACCCUCCUCGAAAUCUGCCUGCACCAUAAUUGUGAGCCAGAGUACAUCCGGCUGUUAAUUGAUUUUGGUGCUAACAUCUACCUUCCAUCUCUCUCCCUGGACCUGAACUCACAAUAUGAUAAAGGCACUGCAUUGCUGCUACAGGCCCGAGCCACUCCACGGUCACUACUAUCACAGGCUCGUUUAGUUAUCCGCAGAGCCCUGUGCCACGCCAGCCAGCCACAAGCCAUCGACCAGCUGGAUAUUCCCCCUGUGUUGAUUAGCUAUCUUAAACACCAACUGUAACCUUGCAGCCUGCCCAGAAACACACAAUGCCUCCAAAAAACCACCUGGGGACCCAGGUAGCUUGAGGGCACUACAGCUCUACCCACUCGCCUGAAGCUGCUCUCCUGUAUUAUCCUCCACAAUAAAAUCCUCAACAAAAUAAA